CGUAAUGUAGUGUGUCCCCUUGGACUGGGCUUGGCUUGGCGUGGGUCCACCAUUUGGUGCUCAUGGAACGUUGACAGCCUAAUCAACAGCCUGGAAAGAGCUAUGUUUGGCAGUUUGGAUUAAAAAUCCAGCCCCAACUCCAACCCGAACCGAUUGAGAAGAAGAGUGAUAUGAUUUCAUGACGCUGUUCUACUUCCAUGGUGUCCGCGAUGCCAUUCCAUUCGUGUAAUGUAAUCUCAAACUGGGCUGCUUGCUUCGCCACCAUUUCCCCAUUUCACUCCGCCGCACAUACACCGCUCUCUCUCUCUUCCUCUCUUGUUGUGAGCAUUUGGAUGAAGGCGUGUCUGUGCUAAAUUUCAGGUCUUUUGGAUUCUGGGAUUUUCAUAUAUAUAUAUAUAUAUAUAUAUACAUACCUAACCAGUUCCUAUCAUCAUCAAUUCUGAGGAUUUUGCUUCCCAAGAAUGGUAAAGAUGAAGCUAGUCAAGUGUGUGCAUCUGCUUCUAGUCGUUGUUCUGUUUGGAUCUAUGGUUCUCGAAUCCUCUGCCUCUUUCGUCCCGGUUGAUAACUACUUGAUUGCAUGUGGAUCUUCCCAAAAUGUAGAGUUCCUACGUCAGAUUUAUGCUCCGGAUUCGGGCCAUUCGUCAGUUUCAUUGAAAUCUCAAGGCAACUCUAUUGUGGCUUCGUCUAAUUCGAGUACUGUUCCUUCUCCACUCUAUCAGUCUGCUCGAAUUUUCCCCGCUACAUCAUCUUACAAAUUUGAUAUCAAGCGAGAAGGUAGGCACUGGGUCCGCCUCUACUUUUACCCUCUUCCGGACCCGGGCCACGACUUGACAUCUGCUUCUCUCACUGUAAUCACCGAAAAUUUUGUUCUCUUGAACAACUUCACUUUCCAGAAUUACAACGGUUCUUAUCUGUUCAAGGAGUAUGCAAUCAAUGUCACUUCGGACAACCUGAUCCUUACUUUCAUCCCUUCCAAUGAUUCAGUUGCAUUUGUAAACGCAAUUGAAGUUGUCUCUGUACCAGACGAGCUGGUCCCUGAUCAGGCACUAGCUUUGACCCCUUUCGCCCCUUUUAGUGGCCUUUCAGGGUAUGCCCUCGAAACCGUUUACCGCCUGAACAUGGGUGGUCCUUUGCUCACUGCUCAGAAUGAUACGCUUGGAAGAACUUGGGAGAAUGACAAGAAAUACCUCCAUGUGAACAGCUCUGCGGUUAAUGUUUCAGUCAGCCCCGCGAACAUAAAAUAUAAAGGUGCUGUGACUCCUGAUAUUGCGCCAAAUUGGAUUUAUGCCACCGCUGAAACCAUGGGAGAUGCUAAUGUGCCCAAUAUGAUGUUCAACAUAACUUGGGUCCUUCCUGUGGAACCAAAUUUCACCUAUUUUGUGCGAGUACAUUUCUGUGACAUUGUCAGCAGCUCCUUGAACAGUCUUGUGUUCAAUCUAUACAUAAACUCUGAUAUUGCUCUUCAGAGCGUGGAUCUGUCAACCUUAACAAGUGACUUGGAUGUGCCCUACUAUAAGGAUUUUGUUUCCAAUUCUUCUGCCGCAGAUUCAGAUACAUUGACCGUCAGUGUUGGUCCAGAUACAAAGGCUGACAUCACGGGUGCAAUCAUGAAUGGUUUGGAGAUCAUGAAGAUUAGUAAUGAAGCCAGAAGUUUGGAUGGGCUUUUGCCUGUUGAGACUCUCCUACCCGUAUCACCCUCAAGAAAGAACAAGAUAGGCAUUAUAGUUGGUUCUGUUGCGGCAGCUUUGGCUGCAUUGACAUUUAUCUAUUUCUGUUAUUGCUGCUUGGUCUCCCGCAGAUCAAAGACUGCGCAGCAGGGCCAGGGGCAUACAUGGCUUCCUCUCCCCUUGUAUGGAAACUCCCAAACAAUGACGAAAAUGUCUACAAUGUCUCAGAAGAGUGGAACCGCAAGUUGCAUCUCAUUAGCUUCCUCCAAUUUUGGUCGGUUCUUUACAUUCCAAGAAAUUAUGGAUGCAACUAACAAAUUUGAUGAGAGCUCACUUCUAGGCGUUGGAGGUUUUGGUAGGGUCUACAAAGGAACACUGGAAGAUGGGACUGAUGUAGCUGUGAAGAGAGGAAACCCAAGAUCUGAGCAAGGUUUAGCAGAAUUUCGAACUGAGAUUGAAAUGUUGUCCAAGCUCCGCCAUCGUCACCUAGUCUCUCUCAUUGGCUAUUGUGAUGAACGGUCGGAAAUGAUACUGGUCUAUGAGUUCAUGGCAAAUGGGCCUCUUAGGAGCCAUCUUUAUGGAACGGAUCUCCCGCCACUCUCAUGGAAGCAGCGGCUUGAGAUAUGCAUUGGGGCUGCUAGGGGGCUCCAUUAUCUCCAUACAGGGGCAGCCCAAAGUAUUAUUCACCGGGAUGUGAAGACAACAAACAUUCUCUUGGAUGAGAACUUUGUAGCCAAAGUUGCAGAUUUUGGUCUGUCUAAAACAGGUCCAUCUCUGGAUCAGACACAUGUGAGUACUGCUGUGAAGGGUAGCUUUGGGUACCUUGAUCCUGAAUACUUCAGGAGGCAACAGCUAACAGAGAAGUCAGAUGUGUAUUCUUUUGGGGUGGUUCUGAUGGAAGUUCUCUGCACAAGACCAGCUUUAAAUCCCGUUCUCCCAAGGGAGCAAGUUAAUAUUGCAGAAUGGGCAAUGACUUGGCAAAAGAAGGGGAUGUUGGAUCAAAUCAUGGAUCCAAAUCUGGUUGGGAAAGUAAAUCCCUCUUCCCUUAAGAAGUUUGGAGAGACGGCAGAGAAGUGCCUGGCUGACCAUGGUGUGGAUAGGCCAUCAAUGGGUGAUGUUCUGUGGAAUCUAGAGUAUGCUCUCCAGCUUGAGGAGACGUCAUCAGCUCUCAUGGAGCCUGAAGAUAACAGCACAAACCAUAUACCGGGCAUUCCAUUGACUCCAUUCGACAACAGCAUCAGCAUGGUUGAUGGGGUGACUUCUGGCACUGAUGAAGAUGCAGAAGAUGCUGCCACCAGUGCUGUUUUCUCACAGUUGGUAAAUCCCCGUGGAAGAUGAGAAAUUUAUGGCCGCAUCCUUGUGCACUGGGCAUUGAAUGACCAAUGAAAAGAUUGGUUAUUCCAACUUCAGUGGUGAUUGGACAUCUUCCAUUCCAAGUAAGGGAAGGUUAUGUUUUUACCUUUACUGUCAUGAGUUCACACCUGAAUUUUAUUUUAUUUUUUGGCGAUAAUAUGAUUAAUUGGGUAUGUAUUAUAGUUCAUUGAUGGGAGCCAAACAAUCCAUCAAAGGUUGUGUUCGAUUUAUCACAGAUGUAAUAUUUUUUCAAUUUGAAUCAAUGGAAGUGCAAACUCUCCGCAUAUUAAAUGUUU